UUGUGGUAUAUUUAGCUAUGACUUUAGUCUGCCGGCCGUCUUGUACUUCUACCUUUAUAUGGAAACAGCCGUUUACCUUUUAUGGGUAUGCAUAUGAAAUGUCUCCAAUCAGAAAGGCGGACUGAAUUUACUGCGGUUUAAAAGCAAGUUCCGCUUACCAAAUAUGGAAGUGGGUCUACACAGUUUGUAAACACACCGGCUAAUCGAUCGGUAGGAUCUACUAGUACAAAGCUCAUUUCGGUGUAAAAACCCAGGGAGCGAAUGAUCGGGUGUGAAAGCCCCAGUAGUACGACUGAAUACCGGUAGAUAAAGAUGUCUUCAGGAGCAGAGCAUAACUGGAGGAGAACUGAAGACGGGUGGAGACUCUUACCUGGGGUUUACGUGGGUACAGGUAGUGGAGCGGUGCCUGCUUUCGAUUUGGAAAGAGUUAGGAACACUUGCUCAAGAAAUAAGCUGUCGAAAACGGAAGCAAACAACAACGUCCGAAUAGUUCAGAUAGCGGGCGCCAACCGUCCUCAUGACGUCACCAACCAGGAAAGAUGUGACAGCCUUAUACCAGUACGACAGCCGUAUCUGGAUGGAAUAAAGGGUAUUGGAAUAGAGAGGAGAAUCUGGUGUGGCUUGUCCACUGCCUUUGGACAAUUAGAGAUCGCAGAUAUAGUAAUGGAGAUUAGUGGAACCCGGUACUGUUGUGAGUUUUUUUGUAUUUUGUUGAGAGAAAAAAUUGGAAAAUUGACCGGUACAACACUGCGGAUGAUAUUUCGUGUCCUACAGAAGGUCGUUUCAGAAGCUCUAAACAAUGAGGUAAAUAUCAACAUCAUGGCGGGUCUCUUGGAGACGGUAUCAGAGGCGUUGUCGACACGCUCACAUGUUGGAAGUAGGAGUCUAUGGAAGCGGCACCAUGAUGUCGUCAACAAUCUGGCAACACAAGUACGGAAUUUCCAGUAUACACAGAGAGAAGAUGACGAUCUGCCUCACCUACUGGACCUCCCGAAGGAGUGUUUACACAACAUCCUAAGACGGAUCUCGGAUCCUCGGGACCUCGCCAAUGUCGGGGCUUCAUGCUCGUACCUCCACGACUUGACUGAGGACAGGUUCAUUUGGCAAGAUAUGUGUCUGUUCCACUUCACUGAUAAACAACUUUAUCCCUUCAUUUACGAUGACGAAUACUUGGGCAUCGACUGGUUCAAAACAUUUCAACUAUGCUACAAAAAAAAUAAACGUUUGCAAGUGGAUGAAUAUGCCAAUGAGUUAUACUUCUGCAACCUCUGUCGUGCUGUUUUCUGGAAAGACCUAGGCCAUCCCUGUCGCAAUCCCAACGAAAAGCCGGACUCCUCGCCUCUGUUGCCAAGGGAUUUCAUUGGCAUGCUGUGUCUUUAAAUUUAUGUUUGAGUGAAAUAAGGGAUACGAACACUCUGUUUCUUCGUUUUUUCUUCAAAUAAUUCAUUGUUUUAUGCAUUUGUUACUGUUUUUAUCAUAAAAUCGUCCUUACAUCAGACAAUCAUGACAGUUCUGAGACUUUUUUAAUGGAGGCAUUUUCCUCGCUAUUUAUGUUAUGUUAGUUUGUAAUUAAAUUGCUUUCGUCACCUUUG